UAUAUAGAAACAUGCAAAGAGUGAUGGUCAUGAAGACUAUGGGCUACUUGCUAGUGAGAAUGCUAGGAAGUAUGUGAUUGUAAAGGAACUUGAUGAAUCUACUGUUCUGAAGGAUACAACAGUUCUUCAUUUGGAGUUUUCCUUUCCAUUUAUUUCCGCACUGGAGGAGCUGUCAGUGGAGGUGCUGGUGUCUCGUGAUGUGAAUUUUGAAGUGGAUUAUCAUUUGCUGCUUAAGAUCUGAAGUUUUAUCCACAAUUUUGCCCUAAAGCAUAAAGGAAGUUGAGCUGUGAUGACGAGAGAAAGAGAAGAUGCAACCUCAUUGGAUUAAACUGGUGAGAGUAGGGAUUUUCUUUACUGUUGCUACUUCACUGAGUUAUCUCCUCCUGCUUCAGCUUUGUUGCAGUUUGGAAUAGUCUUUUAAAUACACAUGGCAUCAGUCAUGCUCUUGAUGAGACACAAAGUUUUGGUAAAUUCAUCAUUUACUUGUAAAUUUUGGGUAAGAGCUUUUCAAUCCUUUGGAAAUGAUCUCAGACAGAUUUUGCCAGCCUCAACCGAUACUAUUUCUGUCAAGUUGCCACAGAUCAUCUCACCUAACCAAGGUAACUUGGAAAAGGAUUUCCGAAUUGAGCUUUUUGACACAGAGCUUUUGGGGGUUUCUUUAAGUCACAUGGAAUCUUCAAAUCAAGUGGAAGGGGAUCGAGAAACUAGGUCUUCUUCGAUGGUGAUCAAUAAUGAGCCUGUUUGUUCGUCUAGAUUAGCUAAGACUUCAUUGGAUUUUGAGGAGAUUGAGGAGUUAAUGCUUCAUAAGAGGUUGGUCUACAAGCUUGACAAAGGUUCUAAAGAAUUUGAAGAAUAUAACUUACGCUUACAUCGGAAGAAAUCAAUGAAUAAGUGUCAUGAGAGGGCAAAUCAAACUGAGUUUAGGAAAGAACAAAAGGAGCUUCAAAAGAAGCAGAGCCAAAGGGUUGCAAAACCAUCAAAGGUGUCAAAAUAUUUUGAACAAGAAGCAGAGAGUUCUCACGUUACAAACGAUGAGGUUGUAAAAUCUUCAAUAACGGAGGGAAAGAGGGUGAGGACACCUACAUUUAACCAACUCACUGAUCCAUAUCAUCUGCCAUUUUGUUUGGAUAUAUAUGUUUCAAAAGGGUCUGUUCGUGCUUGCAUUGUUCAUAGAUUAACAAGUAAGGUUGUUGCUGUAGCGCAUUCCAUUUCUAAAGACAUGAAGUUUGAACUGAAAUCUCGGAAGGAUGCAAUAGCUUGUGCUUCUGUUGGAGAAGUUUUGGCCCAGCGUGCAAUUGAGGAUGAUAUUCAUAAUGUGGUCUAUACACCAAGAAAAGGGGAAAGUAUUGAAGGGAAAAUUCAGAUUGUACUUCAGUCCAUCAUUGAUCAUGGUGUUGAUGUGAAGGUGAAGCUGAAACUGAAGCAAAAGCGCCCUCUCAAGAAGUAACAAGAAGCUGCUCAUCUUGAAUCCAGAUUACCUCUGAGAUCCUUAUGACAGGUGUGGAUGACAAACUAGCUCCUACGGUAUUGUUGCUGUAUGACAAUUAUAAUGAAACUAAUUGCUAUCAGUUGCCUACUGUAGAAGUUAUGUUAGACGUAGAAAAUCAUGUUAGACGUAGAAAAUCAUAGCUAAGUUAUCGAGCUGGUUCAUCAUGAUGCACAUUAGGUUAUAUUUGUGUUUCUGAGAUUAUGACUCAACUUUCUUCAGUUAUUUACAAGGGAUUUUCAACUGGCGCUAAUGAGUAUUUUGAAUCUCAUAGUUGCCGGGCAUUGUAAUGCUUCGUGUUUUUAAGAUUUAUUUUAUUUUAUUUCAAUGUCACUGUUGAUCUUU